AUGAGUCAACCACCAUAGGCAUCAUAGUAACAAUCCCAAAAAGCAAACACCUUCAACAAAUCAGAAAAAACCAAAGACAUCAGAUUGACCAACAUCCAAGCUGCAAAAGCCGUAUCCGACGCAGUAAGAACCAGUUUGGGACCAAGAGGAAUGGAUAAAAUGAUCUAAGAUGCCAAAGGUCAAGUACUCAUUACAAAUGAUGGAGCCACCAUACUCAAAUAGAUGGAUUUGGUCCAUCCAACUGCAAAAAUGCUAGUUGAAAUUUCUCAUGCUUAAGAUGUCGAGGCUGGAGAUGGCACCACUUCAGUUGUAGUAUUCGCAGGAGCCUUAUUGAAGUCAUGUGAAGUACUCUUAGAGAAGGGAAUACAUCCAACCACUAUUUCAGAGGGAUUCCAAUUUGCCUUAGAAAAUGCAUUAGAAGCUUUGGAUGAAUUGAAAAAACCAGUUGAUCUGGACAAUAAAUAAUAGUUGAUUGAAUGUGUUUAAACUGCACUUUCAUCAAAAGUAGUUUCGUCCAAUAGUACAUAAUUGGCACCACUUGCUGUAGAUGCAGUCUUGAGAAUAGUUGACCCUCUCAAACCAAAUAAUGUUGAUCUUAAAGAUAUCAAAAUCGUUAAAAAGUUGGGAGGCACCAUCGAUGACACUGAAUUAGUUGAAGGAAUUGUAUUCUCUAAUUAAAAAGCAAGUUAAACAGCAGGAGGACCUCAAAAAAUUGAAAAUGCUAAAGUGGCACUGUUGUAAUUUUGUUUAUCUGCACCAAAAACAGAUGUUGAGAAUUCUAUUGCUAUCAAAGAUUAUACAGAAAUGGAUAAAAUAUUGAAGGAAGAAAGAAAAUAUAUUAUUGAUCUAGUAAAAAAGAUAGUAGCAUCAGGUGCAAACGUAUUAUUGAUUCAAAAAAGCAUUUUAAGAGAUGCUGUCAAUGAUCUCUCAUUGCAUUUCUUAGCAAAGAAAGGAAUUAUGGUUGUGAAAGACAUCGAAAGAGAGGAUGUUGAAUUUAUAUCCAAGACCUUAUGUUUAGUACCAGUAGCACAUAUAGAUUAAUUGACUCCUGAAAAAUUAGGAACUGCUGGACUUGUUGAAACUGUUUUCUUGAAUGAUGAAAGCAAAGUGUUGAGAAUUACUGGUGUGCCUGCUUAGUCUAAAGCUUUAACAAUCUUAGUUAGAGGGUCAAACCAACUAGUUUUAGAUGAGGCUGACAGAAGCAUUCAUGAUGCCUUAUGUGUUGUUAGAAGUCUUGUUAAAAGCAAAGGUUUGAUUCCAGGAGGAGGAGCACCAGAAAUCCACCUAUCCUUAAAAUUGACUUAAAAGGCUAAUACAUUAACAGGUGCCAGAUCUAUGUGUGUUCGGGCAUUCGCUGAAGCACUUGAAGUUAUUCCUUAUACUCUUGCAGAAAAUGCAGGAUUGAAUCCAAUCAAUGUAGUUACUGAGUUAAGAAAUAGACAUCUUAAAUCUUAAAAGUUUGCAGGCAUAGGAAUGAAGAAAAAUAACAUAGUGGAUGAUAUUACAACUGAAUAAGUGGUCUAACCUAUUUUAGUAACAAGGAGUGCUUUGAGUUUGGCUACAGAAUGUGUUAGAAUGAUCCUUAAGAUUGAUGAUCUUGUCAUUUCAGCCCGUUGA